AAGACGUACAAAGUCUACUUGGACAGCAUCAAGGAAAAGGAGCCUUUAGGAACACUGAAGAAAAAGCUGACGCAGAUCAAAUUCGAGGAUGAUUUUGACCAUCCGUGCUUGAACCAAGCCAUGAGCCGCGACACGCUCGAAGUGUGGAUCUGCGGGCCGUGCUUCGACGGCCAAGAGUGCGGCUUUAAAAUCGCGACAGCCAGCAUCACGUGCGAGAAGGACGCAAUGCCCACGAAGGAGGAAUACGCAGAAGUGAAGCUGCACAGCGACGUUUUCUGCGGACGCGACGGCAUUUCGGUCGAGGAAAGCGACGUCCUGCGCAGUGCUCUACCCUUCCUCUCGGGUGACGGCGGUGCGGGCCUGCCCAAAUUGCGCAGCAAGGACGGCAAAACCUAUUCCGGCGUGAUCCAAACGGAUCGCGACGAAGUGACCCCGGCUACGAAGGCACAGAUUCUGGAACAGACCAACCUGCACAAGGGUUUGUCGCCAGAAGGCAUCCCGUACCGUUUGUCGGAUGCUUUCGACCGCUUUCCAGCAGCCUAUGUCGGUCGCAAACGCUUCCAACUGUCUGUGUUAGGCGAUUUCAAUUUCGAGAUGGCUGGUCGCAUAGAGAAUCGCCACAUUCCGGUUCUGCACUACUUUGCGCCGGAUUACCAACUGGAAGUGCCAGUGAAGCACCUUGCCUUCCCGCGGAAGGAUUACUACUCGCACUUCUACUCGCAGAUGAAGGAGAACCAGCGCUGGAACUUCUUGUUCAGCCGCAUUAUCACCCUGUUCUCCAUUCUCGCAGUGAUCUACAUGGGCAAAGCCCAGGCCGCCGUGAGCGCAGGCGCUAGCGAAAUUCAGCACUUGACCGAGCACCAGAAGAAACUCGCGCUUGCAGCUUCGAAGCAUGCCGCCGAGAUGAGCUCGGGAUACUCACAACUGGUCGCACUGCUUGUCGGUACUUUCGUCACUUUCGGCACAGCCGCCUGGCCCGACGUGAACGAAACGUACAAAGAAAAGGAAGAGGAGCGUCUCAACGAGCUGCGCGAUGCUAACAUGAAGGAGAGCAAAAAGCUUUGCGGCUUGGUCGCCAUGUACGACAAACUCAUGUGGUUCUCGCAGAAGCAGCACCGGUACUUCGCGAUCGACGCUGUCUAUGACGGCGCGGCGUUCAUGUAUGCUGCUGAGGUCGCGCUGAUUCUCAUUCUGCUCUUGGGACAUCCAGGAUCCCCGUUUGUGAUCAAGAUCCCAACUUCAUUGGACGCCUGGUUGCUGAUUUUUAUCACUGGCUUCACUCUUGUGCGCCUGAAUGGUGAGUUCCUAUCCACACAGUGGGAACGAGCAAAGAAAAAGAUCGCCGAAGCAGAUGAUCGCCUCUUAGCCGAAUACGAAGAGAAGCUCAAAAUCUACGAAGAAAAGAAGAAACAGGUACCUUUUUUAGCUUCAAAGAUAUCUGUUGUAUCUGUAUGUUCUAGAAAUCACAUCAACUUUCCUUCGAAAUAAUAACAAAUCAUGAAAAAUAUUGCCCUGCGAGAUUCUGUAGUGCUUGGCAUCUCAUUCUACUCGACACUGAUGCUACUUCUUCUAGGUUGGCGACAUGCUGUCUGUCAACAAGUGGAAAGCGAAAAUAGAGGCGCAGAAGGCCAAGUAUCAGGGAAAGAUCGACGCAGUUCAAGAAAAGAUUGAACGCGCGUUCGCGACCGCCGAUAACCUUCGGCAGAUGGCCGAAAAGCGCGCAAAAGCAGCAGAGGAGGAGCUGCGGAGGAAGAAGGAGCAGGGAUUGCUCGACGACGGUGACACGGAUGAAGAAAUGGAGACGGAGAUGGUCGGCAAAGUGAACGAAUCGCCAGCUAAAGCGCCCUUGCUCGAGAAGGGCGGCGCAGUCGAGAUGACGUCGAUGGCUGGGGACACGUCGAAGGCUACGAAAGUGCUUGCAAUGUCUGCGCCCGCACCGCGACGAGUAGGAGACGAAGGCGCGACAAAGGCCGUGAACAAGUCUGCUGGCUUGUCGACGUCAUGCAUUCCACUGACAGCGCGCACGUUCGAGAAGCUGAACGCUACAGAGCGAUCCCACUGGGAGGAAUGGACUGUGAUCGGCAAGGACACAACUGCGCUAUCGGUUUCAGCGCCUGCAGUGGAGUCAAUUGUUGAGGUGACGAAAAAAGGUGAAUUCGUCGUCAUUCCCGGAAAGAAAGCUUCCACCGAGCUGUCGGCCAUCACGGGUCUCAGUCAACAGGGUCCCUGGAGGCAAGCGGGCAAGAUCUUCCGUCUAAUCACGAAGGUUGCUGCCGCACCAAUCACUCUCUGCCUCUCUAAGGAGAUGUACUCAAAAUUGUGCACGACGGUUCUUGCGCCAGGUGUCGUGGUGCUUGGCGGUUUCUACAUUCUGGCGGAAGGGACGACGUCGACGAUCAUGUUCACAAUCCAGGCUUUGAUCAUCGUGUACGUGGCGAAGGCGAUCCACCGGGCCGGCGUAAACGCGGUGAACCCCAGCGACGCGGAACUCGAGCAAAGAAAACUCGCCGAAAAGGCGCGUCUGAUGCUGGAGAGCGCCGCUUUGGACAGCAAGAAGGUAACCAGCAUCCACACCAUGUCGAUUCUGAGCAGCACGGAGGCAAUCAACGAGAAGGAGCAUGUUGAGUCAGCAUUGCAAGCCGCGGAAGCAGUCGAUGCCAGUUGGGCCAAGGGUGAGCACACGUUCACCAAAAUGCCACCGCAGAUGGCCCGAUCGCAGAAGAAACCAACGCCGGAUGUCAAUCGUGGUUGGUUUGCGCUGAACGAAAAGCACUUCCAGCCUGCCAAACCACCGGAGGCGCAAGAAAUCGGCACAACGUUGAAUUCAGACGACAUGUUCACAACCAAGGACUACGUGUUCGAGAGUGUUGACAUCGUUGUGGAUUCACUCGGUCUACGGUUGCCCUCAGACGUGAAGCCAGUGCGACACACGAAAGGCCUGUCGAAAAAAUUGCUGCAGGUGAACAAGCCGUUGGGUACAACGCGCGACUUGGUGAAGAGCUUUCCGAUUCAAAUCUCCGUAGACAUGCUCAAAGGCGAGGACGCGGCGCAGAGCAAGAAGCAGACGCAGGUGGCGUGUACACUUCAGAUUGUGAACUUUGUUGGCAAGGGCGAAGCCGAUCGACCGGACAACGACUCCUAUCUCACCUUGACCGACCAGAAGACGAUAGGGGGCAAGAAGGGUGCUGGCGUCAACCUGGACAUCUACAAAAUGGGAGACGAGGUCAUUCUCCAAGACGUAAAAGUGGGCGAUCUCUUCCAAAUCGAGGGUGAGGGAGACGACGAGGUCACCAUGAUUCCGAAAUUGGCUGGACAGAACGCAUUUGACAAAGCAUCAAAUGGAAUGCCGCUAUCAAAAGACGACAUCACGUUUGUUGCCAGAGAGCCUCUCGAGCGUGCUGGUGCAGACGACGGCGGCCCAGCCUCGCCGAAGAGGGCAUCACAGGUCGCUGACGCUGUGGACUGGGAGCUGGUACUCAUUGAUGCUAUCGGAACUGCUCUGUAGCAGCAGCAUAAACUUAUAAAUAUAUGAGUAUGAGAAAAACAGGAAAAUGAAAAUUUUGAGUUCGAUGUUGCUAAAAUGAGUAAAAUUAUAACUUGAGGACUUGAUGUCGAUUGAAAUAUGCUCUACUAACAGCAGAAUUAUCUUGAUCCUCAAUCCUAUCACGACCUAUUAUUAGGCCAACUGGAAGAAGCCGCAGCUGCUCGAGCUGCGGCCGGAAGACACGGAGAACAACGGUUUAGAGGGCACUAUCUACGAGAUUGAGAACACCUAUGGCUUCUGGUCGCACGUGCCCAAGGAUCUUCGGGGCAAGCCGCUUCCGCAGAAUAUGGCUCGCUUCAAAAUCAAGGCGGAGGGUGGGAGUCGCUACAGCUUUUCGCCGGUGAGGCCUGGUCCACCGGGGCAGGCACUCCUUUGUCGCAAAGAGGGCGAGUUGUCUCUCGAAGAGGGCAAGGCAAAGAAGUGCGCCGACUGGUUCAACGAGGUCGACGGCUGGCUGGAGACAUUGGGCGCUUCCACGAAUCUUCGGUCCAAUGUGCACAACGUUUUUGACGAGCUUUUCUGGGGCAAAGACACGACUGUCACCGGUGGACGACCCGCCGACGCUACGGGCGAGCGAAAGGCCUUCAAGAAGGGUGAGCGCAAAGACCUCAUUGCUUCGCAGAAGGGACUCCUGGCACGCGUGCAGGACCGUAAGGAUGCGGGGAUGACGGUGAAGGAGUACUUCGACUACUUGAUGUACGGUGCCGAGAACGACGCCGAGUGGCCGGGAUUCAUCUACUGGUUCCGCUUCAAGGCGAAAGCCGGAAAGACGCCGACGCAGCUGAACAAGCACCCAAAAUUCCGGGAGGGGCCAGUCGUCGCGCCCGGUCCGAUAGUGGCGGCUUUAGCCAAGCCAGCACUGACCCCACAAGUGUUGCACGUAGUGCUGACCGACUCGGACCUGCGUGCCCCGGGUGAUGUGGUGGAUGCAUGGCAGCCCCAGCGCGGCGAGCCGCACACUGCCGAGCUCUUCAAAAUGGACAAAGAUGGGUUUGCGCGAGGUGAAGUUGGCUUGCUCAAGCUACUGCCCGAUAAGCUACAAUUCGAGCUGCCCGCCGGAGAUGGCACGGUGGACGAGGACGCCAUGGCGGACACGCUGAACUUCGACUUCUCGGACACGUAUGGUAUGUUCCCGGUCAAAAUGGACACGUUCAAACGAAAUGCAAAAACCGGCAUGGAGGAGCUGCAAGUGACCGGUAAGACGCUGUACUUGCUCAUGAAGAGCGGUGACAUCGUGGCCUUCGGCAUGGAUGCUGCGAAGAUCACCAUGUGGGCGGAUUUGGUCGAAAAAUACCAGAUGAGCGUGCCGCAACAGUUUAUUCUGGGGUACGACGGCGAGGCCAGAGAGCAUCCGGAGGAUCCCAACUUGCAAAUUCGCGAGGGCAAGCAGGGCUACCAGAAGUUCUACAUGAAGAGCAAGACCGUUCCAGGCUACUUGCCGAAAUCGCGGUAUUGCGGUAGCUGGAAAUCGCACAAGUUCCACGGCGACGGCAUCUACUUCAAACUGCAGGUCUCCGAAAAAUGCCCGCACCAGUCGCUGUAUCCAGGCAGCACCAGUCCCUUGGGACACAAGAUGCAGGACGUGUACACUCCAGGUGAUGAUAAGGAACAGGUCCACCAUGCGAAAGCUUUCUUCGAACGGCAAGUCGUGCAAUACGAUGGAAACUUCGAGAAUGGAUUGCGCAGUGGCAAGGGGAUGGCCUACUUUGCGAUCGAGACGAGCAGCAAGAAAAAGCUGACUUACCGCUUCAACGGCAUAUGGGCCAAGGACCGACCUGUUUUGGGCGAACUCAUGCUUCUGGACGGCGAGGUCGAAGCCGGCUCGAGCGUCAUCAAGUACUACUUCGGAACAGUCGUACCCCUGAACGAGGGCAAGGGGACCACCGGCAAAGGCAGUUCCCAGUUCAUGAAGAAUGCGCUAAUGGACGUUUCGCCUGUGGAACUCUUCGGCGCGGCGUGUCUAUCCUGCGGUCAGAACGCUAUUUCACCGUCACAGGCGCUCUACCAGCUGAAGAAGGACUAUGCAUUCUUAAUGGGCACGAAAAACAAGAAGCUGUGCAAGCUUUUGGGCAUCCCGAACGACACAGACUCAGAAUCCACGACCGACACCGACUUCGGCGGUGGAGGUGCCAUUAAGGACGAGCUAAAUCGCAAGAUCGAGGAAACGCGACGGACAUAUGGCUUCUAUGACGAACCGCUCGGCGACUUUGACGUGUACGUGCUCUCCCGAUUACUAGAGCCGCUUAAGAAGCUACCCAUGUUCAAGAAUCUGAUGGACGCAGAUCCGAGUUCCUACUUCCGGGACGGUCUCAACGUCAACGAUUACAAAUUUCCGCAGAGGCUCAACGUCAAGGAAUACCACUGCGACGAGUACAUUCGCGAGGACCUCGAUGCCCUUUACCGACAGUGGUUCAAAUUCGAUUGCGUCAACGGUGACGACCCAAAGCAAGGCACCGUGUACGCGAUUGACACAAGGGAGGACAUGUUAUGGUCAUGAACAUACUGGACGUAUGUUUCACAGUUGUCAAGCGAUUACAAAAAAAGGUUGUCAAGCAUGACAAACCACCUAGCUAUAAUCAAAAAAUGCUCUGUUUUUCGUCAUAGGCGUGACAGCAAAUGACUAAAGAGAAUUUGCGGUCGGUUAUAGCCGUUCUUCUCCUUUCAUACUUCCAGUGGGAUCAGUAUAAGAAGGGAAUGGCGAAUCUUGCGGAAGACUGGAAGGCGUAUAAGAAGGAGAUUCCAUACGAGGAUGCUUGUAUGCUGAUGGAAAUGGGCAGGAAAAAGAAGCCAAAGUGGAUGUCUACAGCACAACAAAAGAAAUUUUGCGAGGAGUUGCUUUUACAGGGUUUGCCAUGCGAAACCUCUGCCCCACCAUGGUACACCAAGUUAAGGAGCAACAUAAGUACGAAGUACGUAGUAAUUAGUUAACGGAGGAUGACCUUGAUCUUGAUGUUGAGAUCAUGAACAAGUAGCCGAGCCAUUCGGAACACUUAGAAAUCCCACACAUAAAAUAUGCGAUCAUGAUACAAAGUAGUUUGAAGAAUUACAUCUUCCCAUCUCUAACCCCAGUGAGUGGCGAGGUGUACGCAGAGGUGCACUGGGAGAGCAAAGAGUAUUUCCGAAGUCUCUCGCGCAAAUUGAGCGCAAUCUUUCCCACAGCAUUCCCCUCUUUCACCGAGGAACUGUGGGACAAGCUGCCCGUGGAAACAAAGAAGGUUACAGACAAAAAACUACAAGGAACCUUCGCGUCAGGCACGGACCUUGAUGUCACGACAAAUUUUACGAACUACAUGGGCAGGCUAUUGCAGGUAGACUUGAUACAUGCGAUAGACUACCUCUAGCGCGUUCAUGGCAGUAAGCAGUCUUCAUACUUCUUUCUCCUGUUUGUGUUUUGGAAACUACGUUCUAGACGUCGACUUCAUGCUUUGUUUUGCACUUACGCAUCACACGCUUUCAAUCCCACCACUUCACUACAGGUGAAUGGCGUCGUCGACGACGCGGGUCUAGUUGCCGAGUUCCGCGACGACUCAUUAGGCAUGUACGAAGGUCAAGAUGACCCUUGGGUUAAAGGCCAGCUCUACGAGUCAUUGAAGAUUAUGACAAGUGAUAGUCAUAGUUUUUCGUGUAGAGAAAUGGAAUUCGACAUUUUCCUCAUCAAACACUAUCUUAUUCUAAGAACAACAAGCUUUGCCUGAACGGUUACAUGUGCAUGAAGACGGUGGAUGACGAGAAGAAAGUCGUCGACUUCGCAGCCCCGAUGGUAAAUGGCGCGUGCAGCGGCAAGGACGCUUUCAUCGGCACCGCUGACUUCAGCUACGCUGGCGACUACAAAGCGGGGAAGUUCGACGGUCGUGGUGUCCUUAAUGUGAAGCCACCAGCUUUAAGGAAAUUCAAGGGCGUGAGCAAGUACAAAGGCGAGUGGAAAGGUGGCCUGAAACACGGGGAAGCCUCUAUGGAACACAUCUCAGGUACAGAAGAUGUGACUGUGGUCGAAGGGACUUUCAAAGACGGUCAGCUGCAAACGGCGAAGAAAGUCGAGUACACAUGCAAGGCGACUCCGAAAGACAGCUGGCGAUUGGUGGAGGAGAAAGGAGAGAAAUACUUCGUUUUCGCGGUCGAUGGCUCACAAGGCGAAGUGAAGUACAAGGUUCCGAAGAGUGAUCUCACGAAAUUAAAGGGCAAGACCUUUGAUUUUAACGGCAGCAUUGACGUCUCAGCCGACGGGGCAAUAAUCAAAGGAACAGUGCAAGGACACAAGCUCAAUGGAAAAGGUACAGAGUAGUUUGGUUACCUUCAUUUAAUAAAUCUUGGAAGCCUCAAAGGAGUACGUGUAGUAGAACAACAUUGUCACUGAGUUUCCUGUUCGUUGUACUACUUAAUCUUAGAAGUCGGUAAGAAAUAUGUAUCGCAUAACUGCCUCGCUGUCGCUCCUCCUCAGGUGUAGUCCAGGGAGCAACCGGCAAGUAUGACGGCGACUACAGCGGCAACAAGCGUACUGGCGCGGGUGUAUGGACAUUUGGCCAAGAGGCGGACUUUCCUUCGGACGGCGUAGCUGGAAACUACAAGGGAACUGUCGUAACGUGCGACGGCCUCCAAGGAAAAUUCGAGAACGACAAGCCAACCGGCAAGUUCAAGGUCGAGUUGGUAAAAGACGGCAAGCCGCUUGGCACACUGACGUGCGUCCGAAUGCCUACGGACCCGAAGGUCCGAGUGAACCCGAUCUCAUGUCCGCCAGCCUGUUGUGCGGCGCCACUGCCGGAGGGCAUGCUAGAUAGCAAGUUCCCGGAUACGCAAGCCCUUCCAUUCGGCGCAAAAGGCGGACUACCAUUGGAAUUCAACGACGUUUCCACCAAAAUGGAAAUCCCAGCAGUUCUGCCGUGGGGACAGAACGUCCAGUUCUAAUGCGUUGUAGCCCUCAGUUUUAAGUUUUACGUACUUAUAGCAGGUAGACCUGGCAUAGUUAGGAGUUGUUCCAUUUCCAGUGGUGCGCGUGCGCUAAGUCUACAUCAUGAGUUCAAAUCUGCAGCAGGACUCGACUUGAGUCUUGAGGAGUAGUUUAAGCAUUUCUUGUUCAGUUCACUAUCAUCGACGACGUGCUGGAGAAAAGCGGUACAACUAUGAUUUGAGGUUCCAUGGUUUCAUCAUUUUCAGAAAGAGAUCUUGAACAUUUUUUACUUGAUUUUAGAAAAGGAAAGGAAAUCCAUGAAAACGAACUUAUUGAAUGCUUGUGUUUUUCAGACCUAAGAAUAUACAGAUACUAGACGCAGACGGCAUCAGUGAAUACUAGUUCAUUUGUUUUUCUUUUUACGCAAGGGAAAUGUAAGUAAUUAGUUGCUGUCAGAUCAAAGAAAUUAUUAUGUAGAGGCAUUCAGACAAAUACAAACGAUGGGCGAUCUCGGACGGACUAUCUUUAAUAACAUACGAAUUAUUUUUAGCUUCAGUUUUUUAACAUGCAGCAAGAGGAGCCCUUUUCGAGAAAAAUUCACGUGAAGGUGGAAGUAUCAACAUGAUGAACGAGAAACCAUUAUCCUAUAGCAGGAAGUGUGUAUACCGAAGCACCUCGACCAAUUUGUUAUUCUGGAUUUCAUUUUUCUUUCUCACACAAGAAGAAGAACAAGAAGAGACCUGCCCUACGUACCAGCAGUGCUUGGACCGACGGCGUCCUUGACUCACUUGUCUGGAUGGCAGCGGCGGCGGCAGCGGCGGCAGACAACCAUAACGUUGCAGCCGACAACUCUUUCAGCGCCGUGCAUUGGGAACUUGUUCCCUUUGCAUUGUCGUCUAAUUUUCCAGGAUCCAUUACCUCCACCGUAUUCUUUAUAAUUAGCAGGUGAUAAUACAGUAAGAGUCCUGUGCUGCCCUAGAGCGACAAAUUCCUUGGACGUCCAUAGUCCUGAUCUCCACCCAACAGGUCUAUCUUUUUCUUUGCGGACGAUCUAGAAGUAGCUCAUAACUUACGUAUGGCUGACUAGGUCAGGGUAGAUCUUUUUUAUUUGCACGUACUUUGAGGAUUGCGGUACGAGCACUGGCCGACGAAACAAAAAUGAAAUUCAAAGUCUUUUUCAUGAUAGAUUUACGUACUACGAAAUCGUCGCAGCGGUAUUUUGAACCUGGGUGCCUAACCCGAGGUUUUCCGCAAGCUUUGUCGAAGGCGAUGUUUUCGCGAUGAAAGGGUGAAGCAACUUGGAUCAACAAUGGUGAAGCAACGUAGAUCAACGGAUUAGCGUAUAACAUAAAGCGUAGAACUUAGCGGAGCCUCACCAGCUCUAGGUUGUAGUCGUGUUUUUCGCUCUUCAGUAGCCUAGUGGGCCCACACCUAACCUAAGCUAGGCUCCUGAUCCUGCACAUUACAAGCCAAUUAACUAGUACGAAGACCAAGACAACCGCACGGGUGAUAAAUUUUGCAGUCCUCCGAGAUCGUGUUUCACUCUGUCGCAAGGAAAUAUAGAUACCAAAUUUUUUGGUGGAGCUGCUACCAAACAGUUUGGCAC